GUUUCUUUGCUGGUUGCCUGGAGCCCCAACGCAGCUCUCUCGUCAUGGACCCCAACUGCCCCUGCUCCACUGGCGGCGCCUGCACCUGCGCCGGCCCCUGUAAGUGCAAAGACUGCAAAUGCGGCUCCUCCAAGAAAAGCUGCUGCUCCUGCUGCCCCGCGGGCUGUGCCAAGUGCGCCAAGGGCUGUGUGUGCAAAGGGGCGCCGUCGGACAAGUGCAGCUGCUGCGCCUGA